AUGCUUGGGACGUUGUAUCUCUGGCCCACGCCAGCGCCGUCAUACAAUAUCCAUGAAUACUCGUGGACAAAACCCUCACCGCCAUCAGCACCACGGCAUUUGCAAGCUUCAAUACCCCCCUCCUUUCAAUCAAUAUCGAGAUCAACCACCGUCCCAACAUCACCUCAAAAAGCCACAGACACUACCCUCCAUCUUCCCCGAAUACUUUGCCUCCACGGCGGCGGCACAAACGCGCGAAUCUUCCACAGCCAAUGCCGCGUCCUGCGCGCCCGCCUAAGCUCACACUUCCGCCUCGUGUUUGCUGAGGCCCCCUUCCCUUCAGCACCAGGUCCCGACGUGGUGAGUGUCUACUCCAACUGGGGUCCGUUCAAGGCGUGGUUCCCGCCGGGCUCGGCGGCCCAGAGAGCAGGUGCGAGUCUCGCCGCAGCGUAUGCGCACGCUCAAGGUCAGAGUGGAGAUGCGGUCCGAAUAGACGAUGACCUGGACAUCCAUGACUUUGCCGUGCAGAGCAUUCGGAAGGCUAUCGAUGACACGAUGAAUCAGGACGAUGAACUAGGCGCGACGGGGGACUGGGUGGGUGUGCUAGGGUUCAGCCAGGGGGCCAAGAUGGCGGCGAGCCUACUAUUGCAACAACAGAGGGAGCAUGAAGCCGAGAUGGAAAGCAGGAACUGGGGCCGGGAAUGGGCGCCAUUGACAAAGUCAGGAAGGAACGUCGACUACCGCUUCGCGGUCCUCCUCGCCGGACGAGCGCCCAUGAUCUCUCUCUCUCUGUCAGAGGAGGACGAGACAGACUCCCUCGUCACUGAUACGAGCUAUGGUACUGCGUUUAGCUUUGGGUUCGAACCGGCUUUGUAUCUGCCCACUAUCCAUGUUCAUGGUCUUAAAGACCCAGGAUUGCCACUACACAGAGAUCUACUGGAUCAUGGGUGCGAGUACGGAAGUACAAAGCUCAUUGAGUGGGAAGGCGGACAUCGAGUGCCUAUAAAAAGUCAAGAUGUGGUGCUGGUGGUGCACGCGAUGCUGGAAAUUGCAAGGAAGACCGGAGUGAUACCGUGA